UUGUAUGAGAACGUGUUAUAUGCAGAGACCCGACCUGACAAAUCGGUAGAUUAAGAAGUUUUCUAACUUUGUCUUGUCUGUAACUAAAAAAAACACCACCAACAAAAAAAAGAGACAUGAACAACCUCCACGUCUACGCAUCCUCCCGCUUCCGCGGAUUUCCGACGUCGGCAUUCUCUCUCCGGAGGCGGCGACACCACCGGUCCUCCGUCUGGGACACGACACUCGACCCACGCGGCGAUCUGAUCACGAAAUGGAACCACAUCUUCCUGGUAACGUGUCUGGUCGCUCUAUUCCUGGACCCUCUCUACUUCUACCUCCCGAUUGUCCGUGCCAACACGGCCUGCAUGUCCAUAGACAUCGGCUUCGGCAUCCUCGUCACAUUCUUCCGAACCCUAGCCGACCUCUUCUUCCUCCUCCACAUCUUCCUCAAGUUCAAGACCGCCUUCGUCGUCAAAAGCUCCCGCGUCUUUGGCCGAGGCGAGCUCGUCUUUGAUCGCAGAGCCAUCGCCCUUCGCUAUCUCAAAUCCGACUUCAUCAUCGACCUCUUCGCCUCCCUCCCUCUCCCUCAGAUUAUGAUUUGGUUUGUGAUUCCAAACGCUGGAGAGUUCAGGUACGCUGCCCAUCAGAACCACACUUUGUCGCUGAUAGUGCUGUUGCAGUACGUGCCUCGGUUCUUCGUCAUGUUCCCUCUCAACCGUCGGAUCAUCAAAACCACCGGCGUCGUGGCUAGGACCGCCUGGUCGGGAGCUGCCUACAAUCUCUUGCUCUACAUGCUCGCGAGCCACGUCCUGGGGGCGGCAUGGUACGUGCUGUCGAUACAGAGGCAGCACGAUUGCUGGAGAAGAGAGUGCAGGAAAGAGGUGAACACGACUCAUUCCCCGUCCUGCGCUCCCAUCUUCCUCGACUGCGGGACACUGAACGAUCCCGCCAGGCAAGCCUGGAUGCGAAUCUCUCAAGUCCUGACCAACUGCGACGCCCGGAACGACGACGAGGAGCAUUUCCAGUUUGGAAUGUUCGCCGACGCAUUCACCAACGACGUCACUUCCGCCUCGUUCAUCGACAAGUACUUCUACUGCCUCUGGUGGGGCCUUCGCAACCUGAGUUCUUACGGACAGAAUCUUGCGGCGAGUACACUCAGCAGCGAGACCAUAUUCAGUUGCUUCAUAUGCGUUGCCGGUCUGGUUUUCUUCUCCCAUCUCAUAGGCAAUGUGCAGAAUUAUCUGCAAUCGACGACGGCUAGAUUGGACGAGUGGAGGGUCAGAAGAAGAGAUACAGAAGAGUGGAUGAGUCACAGGCAGUUGCCCACUGAGUUGCAGGAGCGAGUUAGACGUUUCGUCCAAUACAAAUGGCUUACCACUCGAGGCGUCGACGAGGAAGCUAUCUUGCGGGCUUUGCCUUUGGAUCUUCGCCGCCAGAUCCAACGCCACCUCUGCCUCGCCCUUGUUCGCCGCGUGCCGUUCUUUGCGCAAAUGGACGACCAGCUCUUGGAUGCGAUAUGCGAACGCCUCGUACCGUCGCUAAACACGAAAGAUACGUAUGUGAUUCGGGAAGGAGAUCCCGUGAACGAGAUGAUCUUUGUCAUAAGAGGGCAGAUGGAGAGUUCCACUACAGAUGGUGGGAGGUCGGGUUUCUUCAACACCAUCACACUCAGACCGGGAGAUUUCUGUGGAGAAGAGCUCUUAACCUGGGCAUUAAUGGCGACUUCAAGCCUCAACGUCCCUUUGUCCACAAGAACGGUGAAGACCCUUUCUGAAGUAGAGGCUUUCGCUCUCCGGGCCGAGGACUUGAAGUUCGUGGCUAACCAGUUCAGGCGUCUCCACAGCAAGAGACUGCAGCAUGCUUUCAGGUACUAUUCGCAUCAAUGGAGGGCGUGGGGAACUUGUUUCAUACAGGCGGCAUGGAGAAGGUACAAGAAGAGGAAGCUGGCUGUGGAACUGGCUAAGCAGGAGCAAGAUGAUCGCUACUACUACAACUACGGCUACGGCUACGAUGACGAGGGAGUGACGUCAUUUGCGGGUGAUUCGCCGGAGAAUGACGCCAGCGGCAGCAGUAACCAGAACCUGAGUGCGACGAUAUUGGCUUCGAAAUUCGCGGCGAACACGAAGAGAGGCGCCCAAGGAAACCAGAGAGGAUCUGCGAGCAUUGAUCCUGACGAUCCCAGCUUGAAGAUGCCGAAGAUGUUCAAACCAGAGGACCCUGAUUUCUUCUGAUACACUUUAUCCAUUUCCUUGUCUUCUUUCAGUUCAUGUUUUUUUUUUGUGUAAAUUUCCUUUAUAUAAAUAAAAUGUGACCGUUUAGUUUCUUUA